AAACUCGAAACAGAGAAAGGCGAAGCAAAGCCAAGUACAGUAAAAUGUAAAACAAUUUUUUAAACGUAAAAAGGAAAAAUAUAUAGAAAAAACUCUGGCGCACGACGAACGAACGAACGAACGAACACUCAAAUAAUGAAUUAUCAAUAACACACAGCAGCCUUUUCUGUUGGGGGGGGAACCAAUUCCUACUCGAAUAACGCGAAAUUUUUUCCGAAAAAUGCCAUGUGAUAAGUGCGAAAAGAAGCUGAAAAAGCUGCCAACCCCGGACGUAAAGAACAGCUCAAGCAGGUCUUAUGGAGGGAACAAACUGCUGGAAUACAGAAACAAUAAGCAAAAGUUUAACCCCAAUAGGAGCAAGUGCAAAAAGUGCAACAGCCAACUGCACUUUGACGGAAAAUACUGCUCUACAUGCGCCUACAAAUUGGGCAAAUGCCACUUGUGCGGGAAAACCAUUUCAGACAACUCGGCCCACAACAUGGCCAUCAUCUAGGCCGACCUGGCAAAUGAGAAAACCACGCUGAAAAGUGUCAACACAAAAAUAUAGAAAUAAAAGCAACCCUGAGGGAACGGAAAAAUUAGGAGCAGUCACCCCAUCAUAGAUUCCAAACUACACAACAUGUGCAGCAAAAAAAAAAAAUUUCCCUUCCCCAUAAAAUGACCACGCGUGGAAUGUACAUGUAUAUGUAUAUUUAUAUGUGAGAAAUUAUUUGAAGGAGACAGUACACUCAAUUUACCCCCCUUCUUGCAUUUCCUCCCCCUUUUUUUUAUGUAAGAUUCUUUUUUUUUCGAUUUCUUUUUCGUGUGACCGACCCCACAAACCUCUUUAAAUGAUAAGCGAUUGCGUGGCCGUCAUCUGGCAUGCCAUUGUGAAC